UUUGUGGCGAGAUUUUGAGAACGUAGGUAAAGUAAAUCUCGCGAGAAUUUCGACAGGAUAAGCGUAAACUUGCGCAAUGGUCGGCUAAUGCCGGAAGUCUACUUGUUCGGAGGCUUUUGCUGUCUGGUCGUGUAGAGCAGUUGUAUAGAAGUUUACUGGAGGAUAAUGCUAACUCGGCUGAAAGCAAAAUCGGAAGGGGAGCUUGCAAAACAGAUUUGCAGAGUUGUGUUGGAUCAUUUUGACAAACAGUAUUCUAAAGAACUUGGAGAUCCCUGGAAUACAGUAAGGGAUAUACUGACAUCUCCAUCACUGUGGCAAUAUGCUGUCCUCCUCAACCGAUUCGGUUACCAUUUUGAACUGGAAAAGGAUUUACAUUUGAAGGGCUAUCGCAGACUUUUUCAAGGGUCUUUACCCUACUAUCCUAAAUCAAUGAAGUGCUACCUCAGUGGAACUCCAGACCGAAUGGCUUCAGAAAAACAUCAAGUUGGAAAUCUGAAAAAAUACUAUCUUCUGAAUGCUGCUUCUCUUCUCCCAGUACUGGCUCUAGAAUUAAGGGAUGGGGAAAAGGUUCUGGAUCUGUGUGCUGCUCCUGGAGGUAAAUCAGUAUCUCUGUUGCAGUGUGCCUGGCCAGGUUUUCUUCAUUGUAAUGAAUAUGACAGUCUGAGAUGGAGAAGGCUGAGGCAGACAUUAGAAUCUUUCGUCCCACAGCCUUUGAGAAAUGUAAUUAAAGUAUCUGAGUUGGAUGGCAGAGAAAUAGGAGAUGCUCAGCCUGAAACAUUUGACAAGGUGUUAGUUGAUGCUCCAUGUUCAAAUGAUAGAAGUUGGUUGUUCUCUUCCGAUACUCAGAAGGCAACCUGUAGGAUACAUCAAAGGAGGAACUUACCUGUUCUACAGUUAGAACUCUUAAGGCUUACAAUGGGUUCCCACAGAGGCGUGGAAGAGUGCAGAAGGACUGUGCACGCUGGAGAUCCAAAGGAUCCUGUUGAAGGCCUGGAGCUCCCUGUAGUGUCCUGGGUGAGUACUUAUCAGGAGGCUGAAGGACCUUGUGAUGGAAGCCAGGAGACAGUUCAAGGUGAAGGUAAAGCCUGGAGCUCUUCCAAAGAAACAGAACUGAGCCUUUCUUCUUCAUUUUCCUUUUAUUCCAUUCAGGCAACAAGACUAUGGGUUGGUGCCAUUCACACCCAAGGGUGAGACUUCUGUCUUCAGUAAAUCCCUUAGUCAUACUCAGAACUAUGCUGAUCCAAUUUGGUUGGGCAUUUAUUACUCAACACAAUCAGUUAAUGAUCACAGGGAAUGGUAGAACCUUUAAUAGGUUGAAGCCUAGUGAGAAGUUUGACAUCAUUGGGAACAUGGCCUUGAAGAGGACUGAGAGACUCCAGACUUUUCCUCUGUAACUUCCUCACCAUGGGGCGAACGGUUUGGUGGUGCACCCCUCCCCACCAGAAGCCUAAAAGAGUAUGCCUGCUCAAUCGUAAAACUGAAAUGUCCAAAAAUGUAAGCCAAAAUAAACCUGUCUUU